AUGGAGCCAUCAUCAUCCUCGUCGCUGGGUCCUCUAAAAGAAGAGGAUAUCCCUUCGAUUCCCCUAUCGUCUGCGAAGUUAAAGGAUACUACCGACGGAGACGAAACCCCGAAAGCGAAUGAGGAGACAACAGCGACAGUCGUUUUGACCCAUGAAGGUGGUCAUGCUUCCACGGACUCACGGGGCGGGGAUGAGGACGACGACGAAGGAGAGGAGGAAGAACCGAAAUUAAAAUAUGUCCGGCUUACUUCUUCUAUGGGGAACGUCUACCGAAAUGGAGAUGCGACAAGUACCGCCAUUGUCGCUGGUGAUAAACUGGUAGAACCCCAGAAGUAUCCUUACUUCGCAAUUGCCAUCGGUUUCGCUAAUUGGCUUUGA